GAAAUUCAAAUUAUAGCUGCUUUACAAGUGUUAUAUCAAUAAUCCAAAAUUGCAAAUUUCGCAAGUCAGUGAUGUAUUUCAUUAUACUCAACGUUAAAUAUGUUGGUCAAGAUGCGAAUGUUUACAAUAGUGUGUCAUACGGUGGACUAUCGUGGUUGUUAUAUAACUAAUGCUUAAUAAUGUCUCCUUUAAGGAUAUGUAUCCUUUAAAUAUUUAAGACAAGACAAUAAAUAUUUUGUAAUUAUAUGGCUUUAUAAACAAUGGACGACAUGAAUUGUACUUAGCUUUUACUUGCGGGAACAUCGGAGCGUACAGCUUUCUUAGGACUGUAAAAAUUAAUCACCAUCAUUGCAUCACAAAUCUGAAUGUACGCGCUUUUUACACCAAAUACUAUUGUCAGAAUCAACUUCAUCACAGUCGCUGCCAAUUCUUUUGGGCUUCAUCGAACUAAGAGCUAACAUCAUGAAUCGCAUUUCAGUUGCAAGUGGAGCUGCUACCGGUUCUGGUAGUUCCGUAGAUGCUACCCCAUACAUACGAACCAUCGAAUGGGACAUGAUGAAUAAAACGAAAUUUUUUCCACUUUCCAUGUUGAGUUCGUUUUCUGUGCGAUGUUGCCUAUUUCCAUUGACCGUGAUAAAAACACAAUUACAAGUGCAAUAUAAAAGUGAUGUGUAUAAAGGCAUGAUUGAUUGUGCAAUAAAAAUAUAUCGGUCAGAAGGUGUUCCCGGUCUAUAUCGUGGAUUUUGGAUAUCAUCAGUGCAAAUUGUGUCAGGUGUAUUCUACAUAAGUACAUAUGAGGGUGUACGACACCUACUAAAUGAAAUAGGUGCCGGUCACCGUACAAAAGCCCUGGUUGCUGGUGGUUGUGCUUCACUUGUUGGCCAAACUAUUGUGGUACCAUUUGAUGUAAUAUCACAACAUGCUAUGGUAUUGGGUAUGGCAGCCCAUGCAGGUCCUAGAGCUGACCUCAACCCACUUGGCAUAAAAACCGGACCUGGUCGCAGUCGAUUUGCUUUGUCAAUGGAUAUAUCACGUGAGAUAUUGAAACGUGAUGGUUUUCGCGGUUUCUAUCGUGGCUAUACAGCAAGUUUAAUGGCAUAUGUACCCAAUUCUGCAAUGUGGUGGGCUUUUUAUCACUUGUAUCAAGAUGAACUGUGUCGAAUAUGCCCCCCUUGGGUGUCACAUCUCUUCAUACAAUGCGUUGCAGGUAGUUUAGGUGGAUUUACUACUACCAUAAUCACAAAUCCGCUUGAUAUAGUCAGAGCCCGCCUUCAAGUGCAAAGACUGGAAUCAAUGCGUGUUGCAUUUCAAGAGUUAUGGCGAGAAGAGCAUCUACACUGUUUCUUUAAAGGUUUGUCCGCACGACUGGUACAGUCUGCGGCAUUUUCAUUUAGCAUAAUUUUAGGCUACGAGACAAUAAAACGAAUAGCAGUUGAAGAGCAAUACAAACAUCAAAUACGUUGGUAAAUUCGUAGUUAUAGUAAAGCUAUGAAUAUGCACAACUAUGUAACCACCAAGUGUUAACUGUAUACAAACUCACUCACCAGAAUCACAUCCUGAUCAAUUAAAUACCGUAUAUAAGCAUGCCAAAGAAAUCAAUCACCGCUUAUUGUGUUAUUCGACAAUUACUAUAUCUAAAUAGUAAUCGAAUUUGCCUCAUGUAUUUGUUUAGCAAUUUAUGUUGUCAUAUUAUUGCUACCCUCUCGUAUGCACAUACAUAUAUAUCAUGGAAAUCGAUAACAAUAAUAAUGUGUGGAUGUAUUAUCUAACUGGUGGUGUGCACAUCCUUUUUGGGGCUAAAUAGACUAAUUAUAAAUUAUGCUGUAAAUACUGGAAAAUGAAUAAAUUAAUUUUAUGAUUAAAAUUAGCAAGUGUUUAAUAGCAAUUUGUUGUAAUUAUUGCAUACUAUGCGCAAACUAAAUAGUAAUAAAUAUAGAAAUUUUGUAAUAAACUAUUGUUGGUAUUUUAGUUUUAAUGUAGUUUAGUUAAAUUAUUGAACAAUGUUUUCAAAGUAAACUCUUUACUUGUUUAACAUUAAUUAUUAUUAAUUCGAAAGGUUGGAACGAAUUGCUUAAUAUAAUUAUUUGUAAUAUGUUGGUAGUAAUAAAAUUAUUAUAAAUGUUAACAAUGUGGAAUAGUUAUGUAUGUGUUUUAGAAAUAUAAGUGCAACUGUAACAAACACAAAUAUGGCAAUAUAGUCAAGAAUAUGCAAACAAACAAAGCAAGAAAAUUUCUGGUCAAAUAGUAAUAAAACAAUAAUAACAACAAAAACAAUGUAA